AGGCCCGGACCCGGCUAGGCCAAGCGCGCGCUGUGGGAAGACGCAGAGCCCCGCGCGCGCUCCUCCCUCGGCGGCGACCAGAUUCCUCUUCCUCUGCAACCUUUAUCCUGUGUCUUGGUUGCCCCUGAAGACAGCCUCUGCAGAGCCCAGCAUGAGUGGGGGACUGAUAGAGAGGUAUGUGGCUGCCAUGGUACUGAGUGCAGCUGGAGAUGCCUUGGGGUACUUCAAUGGAAAGUGGGAGUUCCUCCGAGACGGGGAGAAGAUACACCAGCAGUUGGCCCAGCUGGGCGGCUUGGAAGCCAUAGAUGUGGGCAAGUGGCGAGUCAGUGAUGACACGGUGAUGCACUUGGCCACAGCCGAAGCCCUCCUGGAGGCCGGGAAAGCUCCGAAGUUGGCUCUACUGUAUUCACUCCUUGCAAGGCACUACCAAGACUGCAUGGAAGAUAUGGACGGCAGAGCGGCCGGUGUUGCCUCAGUGCAGAAUGCCAUGCGGCUGAAGCCAGACAUAGCCGAUGGCUGGAGGAUUCCCUUCAACAGCCAUGAAGGUGGCUGCGGGGCUGCCAUGCGGGCCAUGUCCAUCGGUCUCAGGUUCCCUCACCACAGCCAGCUGGACACACUGAUCCAAGUGAGCAUCGAGAGUGGCCGAAUGACCCACCACCACCCAACUGGCUACUUGGGGGCCCUUGUGUCUGCUCUUUUUACAGCGUAUGCUGUGAAUGGCAAACCACCCCAGCAAUGGGGGAAAGGACUGAUGGAGGUGCUGCCGGAAGCUAAGAAGUAUGUCAUCCGAUCUGGCUACUUUGUGGAGGAGAAUCUUCAACACUGGCCCUACUUCCAAAAUCAAUGGGAAAAGUACUUGAAACUUAGAGGAAUUUUGGAUGGCAAAUCAGACCCCAGCUUCCCCAAGUCCUUCAACGUGAAGGAGAGGGAUCAGUUCUACAUCUCCCUAAGCUACUCAGGCUGGGGUGGCAGCAGCGGCCAUGACGCCCCCAUGAUUGCCUAUGAUGCUGUUCUGGCUGCAGGAGGCUCCUGGCGGGAGCUUGCCCAUCGAGCCUUUUUCCAUGGCGGGGACAGUGAUUCCACAGCUACCAUCGCUGGCUGCUGGUGGGGAGUUAUGUAUGGUUUUAAAGGAGUGAGUCCCACCAACUAUGAGAAACUUGAAUACAGAAGCAGGUUGGAAGAGACAGCGAGAGCUUUAUAUUCUCUUGGGUUAGAGGAAGACAGUGGAGUUACCCUUUAGGGAGAUGUGAUACUCAUUUCUGGUGGUUUCGUUUCAUUUUUCACGUAGGCCCUUUUCUGCUCAGUUUCUUUUCACUUUUUCCCAGUUCAAAAGUCUUAACUUUGUACUCUUGGAACUUUGAUUUUACAAGUCUCUGGGGCACUUUAAGCUCAAGCUCAUAAUCUAACUCAUCGUAUUCUCCCUGAAUCUAUUUGUCUUCUAAUGAAGAGUCUUUUUAAAAAAUAUAUUUGAAAGGCAGUUACAGAGAGGGAAGUCUUCCAUUUGCUGGUUCACUCCCCAAAUGACCAUAACAGCCGGAGCUGGACUGAUCCGAAGCCAGGAGCCUCUUCCAGGUCUUCUUCAUGGAUGCAGGGGCCCAAAGACUUGGGUCAUCUUCUGUUGCUUUCCCAGAGACGUUAGCAGGGAGCUGAAUCAGAAGUGGAACAGCCAGGACUCAUGAGAUGUCAAUGUCUCGGGUGCUGGUUUUAUCCACUAUGCCACAAUGCCAGCCCCAUGAAGAGUCUUUUAUCUCAAUUGAUGAGGCUCAGCAUUUCCCAAGCCAGAAACCUCAUGUCCUCUUAUUCAAGUCUUCAUUUGUGUCAUCUCAUCACUCAUUGUCUUUGUCUCAGGUUGGGUCUCCCCCAUCCCAAAGGAACUCUGAGGUGAGGAUAUGAGUGUAAAUAGGUUCUUUGGAGGCGAUUCCAGGAAUCACUGGCAGAAGAGUGGGGAAGUGACACCAGGAAGGGAAAGGGGAGCUCUGUAGGGUGUGUUACUGAGCAGGUUUCCACAGUAGGCAACUGGGACACAGUCCAUAUGGGUCCUUUGCUAAGGGAGCCCUCAGAGUUGCCCAUGUGAAGAUCAGGUAAAGCUGGGCUCUUUAUCCUCUGACUUCCAUCUGGUGUUGGUAGAGGACUGCUUCUGGGGAUGCUGACUCCCUGGAUUUCUUCAUGAAUGUCUUCAGGUAAAGACUCAGAGGUGCUUGCAAUGGUGAGCUGUAAGGUACAUGGGAACAGUAAGGGGUGUACAUGGAAACUACCAGCAUCUGCCAGACUGAUGUACCUCCGAUAGUCUGUACAUCCGUCACCUCUCUAACCUUCCUGGGGUGAGUAUUUGUCAGCCAGAUGUCUGCAAUCAAGUUUCAAGCCUAGGGAGAUGCUGCUCCUAGCUGCUUUCAGUACUUGCUUCAUCAUGAUGCUUACUGCGUUACCAGUUUUGUUGCUGUCUAUUUGCUGUCGGUGUUCUGCUCUAGACAGAGCCUAGUGUGGUGCCUGGGCACACAGCAGACACCUAACCCAUAUUUAUUAAAUGAAUUUGUUAAUUAGCCUCCUGUCUGGUGGGUCCCUCAUUACCCUCCAGAAUUAUCUUUACAAAUAACAGGUUGAUCAUGCUGGACUUCUAAUCAUGUUGCAAUGUGUACAUCAGCCCCUUUCUUCAUUUCUUGAUGUUCUUUCACCUGAUAAAUUUUUACUCAUCCUUCAAGGCCCUACUGGAAGGUGAGCUGGAAGACCCGGCUCCUAGGUGAAACCUACUCCAGAGGAACUUGAGCACCUUCUCACUCCAUCCACAGCCUUGUUCUUAUCCCAUUCCCACAAUGACCCUGUUGUACGGUGCUGGGGUAACUUCUGGGUCAGUCUCAGGUGUACAGUACCCAGCAGACACUCAGUUUGGAUCUGAGAUGUCAUUCUUGCCCUCGCAUGGUCACUUGCAGCCAGUAGCCCAUCCUCAUCUGGUGUGUUGUUAAGGGACAGAGGAAGAGCCUGCUCUUAUCUCCUCUUUGAAGAAAACCAGAGCUAUGACUCAAUGCUUGCUUCUUCAGAUCUCUGGAUUUUAACGGGAGGAAUGGGGAGGGAAAACUGAUAACAGAGGUCCUGCUGCUUCCUAGGUAGAGCUACAGGGAUUUGUCUAAGUCCUUCAGUCUAUUUAAGACACAGGGGAGGAGAGGGGGUGAGGGCUUGUUUUGAAUGUAAGUCUUUAACCCCUGUUGGGGACAACAGGAAAAGAUCCAUCAGAGAAUCCUAUUCUAUUUGUUUCACUGGUUCUCACUCUUUAUCCCAGGCCCACUUAAAAAGUUUAGACUUUCACACUCCUUUUUCUCAUCCUCCCUAAACUUCACUCCAAUUGGUGACUCUGCUUGCUGUUUCUAGAGAACAGUUACGUACUCCUAAUACCACUUCUGCCCACUCACUCACAUCUGGGCUCAUGGUCCUUGUUUUUCUCCUGAGUGCUAGUGGGGUGUGUGUGUGUGUAUGUGUGUGUGUAGGGUGGGACACAAAGGUGAAAAUGGGCAGGAGAAAGAGAUCAACUUAAUUACAUGUAUAAUGCUAGAGGGAUCAAUAAAAAUGUUCUGUGAAUAGUAUGAAUUUGUCGU